AUGUCUUUGGGUGCAAUGACGGUAAUGUCAUAUGACAUUUGGAAAGCGAAAUGUGCUGCCGAAAAGAAACGUCUUGAAGCGGAAGGUAAAGGAAAUGGUGAUGCCGUAAAACUCGACGAUGAUCAGCAAUUGAGCAGUUCACCUCCGGCACGUAAACGUGCGCAUACGUUUGUCGCUAGGGAUGAACCGAAGGAAAUCCCGAAAGUCUCACCGCCUAACCUGAAAGAGAAGAAAGGUCGUUACAUUCUCCUGCCGACGAUCCCUGCAAUGAAAGUUUUCGUCGGCGAGGACGCCCCUGCCAUCGUUCCCACCGAGUCGUCCAACAUUCCACCACAGGACACCUCUGUGGCCACUACGACGGCGCCGCUUGGUCUUCCAACACUCAGCACUGCACCGACAGUCCCUCUGCCGGCGCCGUUGCCACGUCCUAGUCCGAUAGCCGUCACCGCACCGAACUUCUUCCAGUCAUUGUCGGGUGUCACACCCGUGGCGCCAGCUACCACCACCGCACCGUUUGGCGCCGGUUUCACUGCCGAUCAGCUCCUCGCUACACUUCUGCCCUCAAGUGUAUUACUUCAGAAUGCUGGUCUACUGCAACAAAACGCUCUUGCUAGCCUUCUUGGUCUAGCAGCCGCGCCUGUUGUAGCACCUCCAUCAACCUCAUGUGCCAACGACGUUUUGGCACUUCUACGAGCACAACAAUCUGCUCAGUUGGCUGCCGCAUUAGCGGUUCCCGGCAAAAACACACUGCUACCCUCCAGUACCUCGCCGGAUGACCUCAUACAAUCGUUACUUGCACAAACCAGGCAACCGAUCUUUUCGCACAGUCUUUGA